ACUUCCGAUCACGCAAUAAGUCCCAACGUACUCUCAAAAUGCGUUCUGAAUUGUCUGUAGAUUGAUAUUUCUUUCUGUGAUGUGCCGCAUGCGAAGACUAAAAUUACUGCUUUCUUGGGCCAUUCUUUUUUUCGUUGUUUUAUUCCUUAUCAAAAACAGAAAACGCCGAGGCGAGAGAAUCGCCGAUGGAGAGGACGUCCUUUCGUUCCGGAAAAGCUCCAAACUUCUCACAGUAGACGGUAAUGUUGAUAAAAAUUCUUUCAGCCUCGUCACUGGGGAAGGACGCUUAAAUGUCUCGGUUUGGGAAGAAAUCUGUGGGAAUGAACUUAUAUCACUGAAAGAGUUCCCGCUUUUCCCUCACGCGCCGACAUCACGCCGAAGCACAUCGACCUUGCGAAUACGCUUGAAACAAAACUUAGAAAAUUUUGGAUUACGAAUCUUCGGAUUUCUUUCGCCAUUAGAAUCUGGGAAUUACAACUUUCAUUUAUCUUCGAGUGGAUCGACGGAACUAUGGAUUAGUUCGAAUACAGACCCCGAAAAAUGCAAGCUUAUGGGAAAUGUGACAUCGAGGGCAACUUGGAUAAAUGAUGGAAAUACCAUUUCUUUAUCAGCGGGAAAGCGUUACUACAUAGAAAUUUUACAUAAACAUGGCCUUCAAGACGAAGAGAAUCUCAAUUUCAUGCACAUUAAAUGGCGAUCUUCGGCAUGGAAAGUACAAGUUUUUAGAGAUAUUCCUUCAGAUGUACUUAUACCAUCCGAGGACGAUCAACAUUCGAAUGUAUUUGGUAAAAUCAAACUACAAUCGUUAUUAAAUCAGCGAGUUGUUCAUCGGGAUACUAUCCUUCCAAUGCACGUUCAACAAAGUGAACCUUCAUUUGUAACUGAAGAAGAAAAGCGUCGUUCAGAAAUGUAUUUUCUUCCCUUCAUCAGAGAAGAAGACACUAAAGAUCUAUUCCCUCCUUGUCAGUAUAAUCCAUCUUACAUAGUUAAAAAUCCUUUAGGUAGAUACCAGUCUAUGUGGGAGACCCAUUAUACCUCAAUUUAUCCUCACGACCAUGCAGAUAUUAUGAGAAAAAGUUGGGAGUCGGACGAUUUUGUGACUUUUGGUAACGAUCAGAUGGACGAAAAUGCCGCAAGGAAGAUUGUUGUACGUGUCUGGACGCAAUUACAAGUCAAGUCCCCAAGGAAGUAUACCCUUAAACACAUCUUGAAUGUGGAAGAAAAUCAUGAUCCUGAAAAAGGAGACAGAUAUUUGGUAGAACUGGAACUGAUAGAAAUUUUAAGCAGGAGACAUUUGAGGUUCUCUGAGUAUGUGUACCGGCCUAAGGAAUCAGAUACUUUGUGCAGCCCAGUGGCCGUGGCAUGGAACAAGAGUGCUGUUGUCAACAUCCUUCUCGCCACUGGGAAUAAUCAGGGGCGUUGGACUCUCCAUUUUCUUGAUCACAUGUCAAGAAUACAUAAUAAGACCAAGGAUUUUAAUUUUAACGUAAUUAUCGUUGAAUUCGACGGCAUCUAUGUUGACUUAAAGGAAGCUCUGAAGAAGAGUGGAAUCCCACAUUAUCGGCAUAUUAGACUUCGAGAAAGAUUUCAAAAGGCCAGGGGGCUACAGUUGGCUGCCAAUAUGGUUACAAAUCCGAACUCAAUAGUGUUUGUUAUGGAUCUUCAUUUGGAUAUUCCCUAUCAUUUUCUAGAUGACGUCAGAAAGCACUGUGUUCAAGGCAAGAUCGCUUACAGUCCUUUACUCACUCGACUAUCUUGUGGGGCGACGGCACGGCAUCCCAGAGGCUACUGGGAAGACUUCGGUUACGGUUUGAUGGGCAUGUACAAAAGUGACUGGAACAGAAUUGGAGGCAUGAAUGUGAAAGAGUUCAAGAACAAAUGGGGUGGAGAAGAUUGGGAGAUCUGCGAUCGUAUUUUGAUGACUGGUAUGGAAAUAGAGAGACUAAAGAUGGUUCAUUUGUUCCACUAUUACCACACCAGAAAAGGCAUGUGGUCUGAUGUUAGGAAUGACACAGAUGUUUCUGAGUACGCUGCCCUAUCCUGACAUAAUAAAUGAGUGUGGUUUUUAUCCGGAAUGCAAACAUAUAUGCUUGGGACUAUCAAAGUGACGAUAAGAUUUUCGUAUAUUUUAGCUUAAGAAUAAGAUUAUUUUCUCAUUAAUAAUUGGCGGAAGGCAAGAAUUCAUCGACUUUUAUUGAGUUUAUAUGUAUGCGUCGUGAAAAGGAAAUAAUAAGAAGUAUACAAUCUAUGAAUUUAUGGAACAAAUUAUCCUCGAUUUAAAAAAACCAAUAGUCGUAUAUAUACAUAUAUAUAUAUUUUUUUUUUUUUCCAAUAUAUGAAACAAAUAUCGAGUUUGAUACUUUCAAAUUGCUUGUUAUCUUGUGAUUGGACAGCCCCACUGGAUAUCCACGUGACAUCGAACGGCCGAUAACCAAUCGGAAUCGAGAAUUUUGUUACAGAUACCAAUAGUUCGAAAUCCUUGAGGGGGUUGCGCCAAAUAUAAAGAUAACAAGCUUUUACUUUAUCUACCUUAUUUAAAUUUUGAUGAUCAUGUAUAGUUAAAAAUACUACAGAAAAGAAAAUAUGUAUUCAUUUUUCUCUUUUU